GCCAAGCGUACGGUAAAGUUUUCCGCACUCGUCAAUUUAGAUCGCCAGUCAAUCACCGCCGUCGCGGCCAUUGGGCCUUCGAAACGAAAUCAGCAUGGCAUUAACGGAACAAAAUGGUCUUCUGGAAACAAGGCUACGGGGGUUAGCGCAUUCUCAUCCGUAGACGGAAAGCGUGCCGUUGUUGUCGACAUCGUCAAGGUACUUUGUGUCAGUGGCGCCAUUGAGCGUAAAUGUGUGAUCGUCUUCUGUGGUGAUGGCGGCUUCAAGGUGCCUAGAGACAAUGACUUCGUGCAUACGCCGGGCAUCAUCUUCAUCUUCACUACAGGCUACCUUCACUGCACUUCAUCGCCGAUGUACCACCUCCAACACAUUAAUGUAACGACCGAAAUCCUCUGUUUUGGCCCGUCCUCGCUGAACCAUAUUCGCCUCAAUCGGCAUGUCGCGUAUACCUUGACGUACGAGACGUACGAAACGCGCUGGCUGGCCGAUGACGCGGUCGGUAAGGGCACGUCACCGUCGUCGUCGUCGUCGCUGUCCGGUAAAUCCGCGUCCUCGUCUCCGUCGGGGCGCAAGAGAGAAGCGGACAAGAAGUGUGGAAGCAAUGUGGGGAGGUUCAGGUUGAUCGUACACCACGAUGUGAGAGGGCGGGAGGAGGACGACGGUACACUUGUCUCAGUACGACUGAGCAAGGCUGGCCAGAAAUCCCAGUACCGUUCCGACUUUGGGGUAGUGGGGCUGCUACUGGUCAACCAAUCCGAUCUCCAAGGAGAAUUCACGGCCCAUGUUGCGAACUUGGAAGUGGAUCCAGGGAUGCUUCAUGCCGAGAUGUCCACUAGGACCGUUGGCAUCGCGAAAUGGAGGGCAGCGGAUGAAAGUUGUGCGAAGAGUAGGGGAUUGGAUAUGCAGAACGACCCUCCGCCUCCGCCUGUGGAAACGGAGGAGACCCCAACAUUGUCUGACGUCGCAGCCAGCCCUGACUCACCUGUCCCUCCUAUUGACGCCGUGAAUGUGCAAGACUGGCUUCAGGCGGUCGACUGCAGCGAGGAUCAAGAUGGCGCGCUAUGUCCGCACGAGGAUGCUGUCUCUGAGCACUUUGACGCCGCAAUCACUACAGAAGAUGAUCGUAUACCUACGCUCAAUAGCGACACUGACACAGAGUACCCCGACAGUGUCGACAGCGAUUCCGACGCUGAAUUUCUCGUGCUUAAUCCUGACAGCGAUGCCGACACUGAUGCCAUCGUUGAGGCCGUCCUUGGUCCAUUCCGUGCUAAAGUUGAUGAUAUCGAUGUCGUGCCCCUUGUCAGCUACUCGUUCGAUUUGGCCGAAGGAGGAGAAUGCGCUGAUCCCCGUGGGUUUAUUGAGGAAGCAGAGGCAAUGGCUGAGCUCAUCCGGAAAGCACGCGAUGGUACGCUGGGUGACCCCCGGGCGGCAACACCGGACGGCAUAUUGCCGUUGGCUCAAGAUUUGCCCGAUGGCCCUUCUACGGAGCCUACCAACCCGAACUCCGACAGAGUUACCAUCAACCAUCUCUCGGACAUUCAAGAGACAGAGGUGGGGCGCUCAGUUGAUACGCCGCUCGAGGCCUCAUCAGAGGCUCAGAGCAAGACUGCCUUACUGGAGGCGCAGUCAUUCUGA